AAUUUAGGAAGAAUAGCGGAGUUAAUUUUUAUACCCUUUUCCAAAUGACUCUCGCUCUCCAUUCUUACUCCUUCCUAUGAGAGCCUGUGGCUCUCCAAAUCCAUCCUGCCGCCUCCUCUCUCCUCACCUCCGCCCACAAAAAGCUCCGGGGAUCUUACCGUCACCUUCAUGGACUCUCUCCACCUGCCCUAGGGUGCUCUUUUCCGCCUCCGUCAGCGGAGGAUCCCCUCAAUCCAAUCAGCAGCUGCAAUGGAGGCUUCAGUCCCACGCGAAGAGGACGGAGCACGACAAGGACGAGGAAGAGGAGCGCCCGGUCCACUACGAGGUGGAUGUAGUCUCAUGGAGAGAACGUCGGAUUAGGGCUAAAGUUCUCGUCCAUGCCGAUGUGGACACGGUGUGGACGGUGCUCACUGAUUAUGAGCGGCUUGCCGAUUUCAUCCCAAAUCUCAUCUAUAGUGGAAGAAUUCCCUGCCCGCAUCCAGGCAGAAUAUGGCUGGAGCAGAGAGGCCUGCAAAGGGCUUUGUACUGGCACAUUGAGGCUAGAGUGGUCUUGGAUCUUCAGGAGUUCACUAAAUUGGAUAAUGGAAGGGAGCUACAAUUCACUAUGGUUGACGGAGAUUUUAUGAAAUUUGAAGGGAAAUGGUCUAUCAAAACUGGCCCAAGGUCAUCAACAACAAUUUUGACAUAUGAAGUUAGUGUGAUCCCAAGAUUUAACUUACCGGCCAUAUUUCUUGAGAGAAUUAUCAGGUCUGAUCUUCCAGUUAACCUUCGGUCCGUGGCCUGCAGGGCUGAAAAAUGUAUUGAGGAUGGCCAAAUUUCUCCUUUGCAAGAAAAUGGUGUAAGUUCAAGCCUCCCACCUACCAUUCCUUCACGAACCAUGAAUUUUUCUGGUGAUCUAUGGGAGACUGAUAUCAUGCCUUCGGAAAUGCUGAAGGAAACUUAUGCGGGCCAUGCCUUUGUUUCUGUUCGUUCUUCAAGGAAUAAUGAUUUCAACAGCAAAUGUGGUGUGUUUGGAAAAGUCUGUAGAUUAGAUAGUAGGUCAUGCAUGGCAGAUGAAGUCCAUCUGCGUAGAUUUGAUGGCCUAUUGGAAAAUGGUGGUUCUCAUCGUUGUGUGGUUGCUAGCAUUACUGUCAAGGCACCAGUUCAUGAAGUUUGGAACGUUUUAACUGCCUAUGAGACACUACCAGAGAUUGUUCCAAAUUUAGCUAUCAGUAAGAUUCUGCUCCGCGAUAAUAGCAAAGUUCGCAUUCUUCAGGAAGGUUGCAAAGGUCUACUCUAUAUGGUCCUCCAUGCACGCGUUGUUUUGGAUUUGCAUGAAAAGCAUGAGGAGGAGAUCAAGUUUGAGCAGGUUGAAGGAGAUUUUGAUUUAUUCCAAGGAAAAUGGAUAUUGGAACAACUUGGGGAUCAGCACACUUUGCUCAAAUACAGUGUAGAGUCAACAAUGUACAAUGAUACUUUUCUGUCAGAGGCAAUUGUGGAAGCGGUAGUUUAUGAAGAUCUUCCAUCAAACUUAUGUGCUAUACGUGAUUUUGUUGAAACUAGAGUAACUGUUAUGAGCGAUACUCCAAAUAAGGCAGUGUCCCCAGCUGAGGACGAUGUGUAUAUGACUGAAAAUUUGCUAAAAGAGAAUAUUUCUAGAGUUAGUUCUUCUAAUGUAUUGAAGCACAGGCCUAAGGUUCCAGGCUUGCAGAAGGAUUUAAAUAUCCUUAAAGCUGAAAUUGUUAGAUUUAUAUCAAGAUAUGGUCAAGAAGGUUUCAUGCCCAUGAGGAAACAGCUUCGCUUGCAUGGAAGGGUGGAUAUAGAGAAAGCAGUCACUCGGUUGGGUGGAUUUAGGAAGAUUGCGAGUUUGAUGAACCUUUCCCUAGCGUAUAAACAAAGGAAACCUAAAGGCUACUGGGAUAGCCUUGAAAAUCUGCAAGAAGAGAUAUGUCGAUUCCAGCGAAAUUGGGGAAUGGAUCCUACCUACAUGCCCAGUAGAAAAUCUUUUGAGCGUGCAGGUCGUUAUGACAUUGCCCGAGCACUGGAGAAAUGGGGCGGUUUGCAAGAAGUCUCACGCCUUUUGUCUCUUGAGGUUAGGCACCCUAGAAGAAAGGUGGAUCGUGAUGGAGAUAACCAACUGGAUUCUAAAGCUUCUAAGGAGAUCGUGGACCAAAGAACGACAUCACAUAAGCCAAUUAUUUCGCAGGAUACACAGAAAUGGCUCACGAAACUUAAAAAUUUAGACAUAAACUGGGUCGAGUAGGAGCUGGCGGACUCCUAAACUAAUUUCCCAUUUGUUCUUUCUCCAUCUUUUUCCUUGUCUUGUUUAUAAUUUUUUUGGAAUUUUUUUGAUGUAUAAUAUCAAUGUUUCUAAGUAAACUUUUGAUCUUUUUGGUUAAAAUUUAA